AUGACACAGGGCUCAUUAAAAAAGGCCAAAACAACAAACCCCAAAAAGUCAUCAUCAAAACUCGGCCCUCGGGUAAUCGCGCCGAAAAAGGCCUCGAUCGCGAAACAGCGCAAGACGAUGAAAAAGCUCACGUCGGGCUUGAUUUCUAAGACAGAACGGAGUCUGGCGGCGCGCGCGGGGCAUAUGGAGUUGUUGACGAAUGAGAAGAAGGAGCGGAUGAAGGAGAAGAGGGCGGAGUUUAAGAAGAAGUAA